CGCAUCCAACCUGCUGUCGCCGCGGCCGGGCCGAGCCGAGCGCAGCGGGCGCCACGCGCAGAGCACACGCUCGCGCGCUCCAGCUCCGGGUCUCCGCCGUUCAUGACCGUGACCCCCCCACCCCCGGGCCGCAGGUUCCGCCAGCCCCCUGCCGCAGGCUCUUCGGCCGCUCCCCCCACCCCCACCCCCAAACGAGCGCCUCGGAGCUAGCCUGCGCCCCCUGCCCGCUGCCCGCCUGCGGCUGCCCGGCUCGCCUGGCACCAUGCUGCCCGCGCGCGUCCGCCUGCUCACGCCCCACUUGCUGCUCGUGUUGGUGCAGCUGUCCCCGGCCGUCGGCCACCGCACCACCGGCCCCAGGUUUCUAAUAAGUGACCGUGACCCUCAGUGCAAUCUCCACUGCUCCAGGACUCAGCCCAAACCUAUCUGCGCAUCAGAUGGCAGGUCCUACGAGUCCAUGUGUGAGUACCAGAGAGCCAAGUGCCGAGACCCAGCCCUGGGCGUGGUCCAUCGAGGUAGAUGCAAAGAUGCUGGCCAGAGCAAGUGUCGCCUGGAGAGGGCUCAGGCCUUGGAACAGGCCAAGAAGCCUCAGGAGGCUGUGUUUGUCCCAGAGUGUGGUGAAGAUGGCUCCUUCACACAGGUACAGUGCCAUACUUACACAGGGUACUGCUGGUGUGUGACCCCCGAUGGCAAGCCCAUCAGUGGCUCUUCUGUGCAGAAUAAAACUCCUGUCUGUUCAGGUCCGGUCACCGACAAGCCCUUGAGCCAGGGUAAUUCAGGAAGGAAAGUCUCCUUUCGUUUUUUUUUAACCCUCAACUCAGAUGAUGGCUCUAAGCCCACGCCCACGAUGGAGACCCAGCCUGUGUUUGACGGAGAUGAAAUCACAGCUCCUACAUUAUGGAUUAAGCACUUGGUAAUCAAAGAUUCCAAAUUGAAUAACACCAAUGUAAGAAAUUCAGACCAAGCAGAAGUAGGAGCUGUGGCUCCUGAGAUGCUUCGUGACAUUCCAGAGAAAGUCCAUUCUUGUGACCAGGAGAGGCAGAGCGCCCUGGAAGAGGCGCGGCAGAAUCCCCGCGAGGGCAUUGUGAUUCCCGAGUGUGCCCCUGGUGGGCUCUACAAGCCGGUGCAAUGUCACCAGUCCACAGGCUACUGCUGGUGUGUCCUCGUGGACACAGGGCGCCCGUUGCCUGGGACUUCCACACGCUAUGUGAUGCCAAGUUGUGAGAGUGAUGCCAGAGCCAAGAGUGCAGAGGCGGAUGACCCUUUCAAGGACAGGGAGUUACCAGGCUGCCCCGAAGGGAAGAAGACAGAAUUUAUUACCAGCCUGCUGGAUGCCCUCACCACAGACAUGGUUCAGGCCAUUAACUCAGCAGCGCCCACUGGAGGUGGGAGGUUCUCAGAGCCCGACCCCAGCCACACCCUGGAGGAGCGAGUGGCACACUGGUACUUCAGCCAACUGGAUAGCAACAGCAGUGAUGACAUCAACAAGCGGGAGAUGAAGCCGUUCAAGCGCUAUGUAAAGAAGAAAGCCAAGCCCAAGAAAUGUGCCCGGCGUUUCACCGACUACUGCGACCUGAACAAGGACAAGGUCAUCUCACUGCCUGAGCUGAAGGGCUGCCUGGGUGUUAGCAAAGAAGGUGGUAGCCUUGGCAGCUUCCCCCAGGGAAAACGAGCAGGCACAAACCCAUUCAUUGGACGCCUUGUCUAAGGAGCAGAAACACCAAGAGGCCAGUGGAGAGUCUGAGGAGACAGAACUGACCAUCAGAGAAGACACGUACCCUUCAGCGCUGCCCGUGGCCCAGCCACAGCCCAUGUAACAUAAGUGGUGCCCGCCAUGUUUGCACUUUUAAUAACUCUUGUGUGUGUGUUUUGUUUCCAGUUUCAUUUGUAAACACCAGCUAUCUAAUACCACAGCGGGAACAGGAAAGGGAAGAAAAGCUGUUUAUUCUCUCUUUUAUUUGUUAAGUGUUGGAUCUGCUACUGACAACUUUUAGGUUAUUGGGAGGGUGAUGUUGGGAUCCAGAGGAAAGAGAUUUAUAUACUGUAUAUAAAUAUAUAUGUAAAUUGUAUAGUUCUUUUGUACAGGCAUUGACAUUACUGUUUGUUCCUUCCCUUCCCUCUCCUUACUCUGGACUCACAGUCCAGCUUUCUCAGAUUGUAUCCUUAACUUACCUGAGUUUCACUGGAGAUGGACUCUGUGUGAGAGUAGAUGAGAAUGCCAUGCUUGUGCCAUGGACACCAUCAGUUCUCUUCUGGGAGAAAGGGAAUACUCUUCUAUGCCAUUAGCUGUCCAAGUCCAGUCACUUGGCCAUUGGCUGGGUAGGAGGGGAACCCAGCUCACGUGAUGGCCAGUAUGGCUUCCAAUUCCCUGGUGGCCCACAUGCCCCUGCUAGCCAGGUGCCCUGGCAGUCUGGGGUAAAUAUCUGAGCAAGUUAUACUUGAAUGGGCUGAAUUUGGCUACUUUAAACAUUUCCACUCCUGUUUAGCAGCUACUCUUAUGUAGGACCUGAUAGAGACACACCAAGCACCUGAGGAAAAGGACACCCCAGCAGGGCUUUCCUUCAUCAGGUCUUUGGCACCCAAGGAGAUGGUGAAGAGGACAGAUGGCCUGCGCCAGCCCUUCUGCCAACCCACAAGAGAGUUUCCACAAGCAUGCCUCCCCCAGCACGGGAGUCAGUCUGGGUUUGACUUCCACGCUUUCCCGCUACCUCUCGUCCUCACCCUCACCAAUCGGGUCAGCCAUUUGUUAACCAACACUGGAGUUGCUCUUACUCCUUCAAUUCUUCUCAUGGACUUCCAGACCUAUGGGCCAACUCUAGAAGUAAAAUUGACACUGCAUCCCUUACUUCUGCCUCCCCACGUAGAAUAGACUUAAUAACCCAGCUACAGGGAAAUCCAGGCCUUUGCACAGAGUGUCACUGGGAUUACAGAGUGGCCACCCAGCCAUCAGGGCAGAUAAGACAGAUAAGGUUUUUUUUUUGUCUAGGUGACACGCUGAUUCAGAUGGCCUUCAGUCAGAGCAGCAAGUGACACUUAGCAGCUCUCCCUAUGGUCAGCGAUGAUGGCAGCGAGGGAGGUUAGAACGGUGCUUUUGCUGGCAUGCUCUUGGCAAUCUGGCCUUGUCUGCCAUUCCAUCUCAGCAUCCCAUAAGUACACCCACCUUGGUAAACCAUAUUCUGUCUUGGUCGCAUACAUGCUGUUCACCUCCCUGAGCACAGCCUCUUCAGGCUUGAUUUGAUGAAGUCUCGGCUACAGAAGCUUCCUGCUGUUCUGGAGAAAGUCACAUACAUUGUCCCAUGAUGAUGAAUGACCCUGUCCUGACAGGCUAAGGUAGAAAAGAAGUCUUCUCUAGGAGCCUUCACCAAAACCACCACAGCGUGCUGGAGCUGGAUGAGAUGACCCUCCCAGCAGACUCCAGCCCCAUUUCCUGGCGUGAAGAAAACGUGUGCACAGAGAAGCCACCUUCACGUAGGAGCUCAGGAUCUUCCCAGCCACCUUCUCUCUCACAGAUGGGCAGAGGCUGUGCUGUGUGGUUUUCCCUUGGGAGGGAGGGAGCAAGGAAAGAGUAUUUGUAGCUUGUUUCAUAAAAAAAUAAAAAGUGGGUAAACCUUG